CUUGCGACCACCCGGACUUCCCAACGCCCAGCCUCGGCUGUUCAGCUGCGUCCUCUCACCCAGCGGCUUUCUCUGCCAACCCCUACACUUGGCACCCUCCACCCUCCCUCCCCAGCCGAGCGCUUCCCGCCCGCUCAAGUCCCGGCUCUCCGCUGGGCGCUGCACAGGCACCCCUGCCCUCGGCGCUGCUCUCCUCGCUGCCCUCCGGAUUCAUGCCGCCGGGACGCAAAGAGACUGAGGCUCUCGCUGAAGAGGGACGACAGAGAGUUUUUUUCUUACGCGUCCUGUGUGCGAGUGCUGGUCUCUCCAAAAGGCGUUGGGGCAGCGGCUCUGAAAACGCGACUAGAAGCGCUUGUUCCUGCGUCGGACCCGUGGAGUAUCCCGAACAGUAGAGGCCCCGAGACGACCUAGCUGAUGGCGUCUUCGACCCCAUCUUCGUCCGCAACCUCCUCCAACGCGGGAGCAGACCCCAACACUACCAACCUGCGCCCCACAACAUAUGAUACAUGGUGUGGCGUGGCCCAUGGAUGUACCAGAAAACUGGGACUCAAGAUCUGCGGCUUCUUGCAAAGGACCAACAGCCUGGAAGAGAAGAGUCGCCUUGUGAGUGCCUUCAAGGAGAGGCAGUCCUCCAAGAACCUGUUUUCCUGUGAAAACAGUGACCAGGAUGCCCGCUUCCGGCGCACAGAGACAGACUUCUCCAACCUGUUUGCUCGAGAUCUGCUGCCAGCUAAGAAUGGGGAAGAGCAGACAGUACAAUUCCUUCUGGAGGUGGUGGACAUCCUCCUCAACUAUGUCCGCAAGACAUUUGACCGCUCCACCAAGGUGCUGGACUUCCACCACCCACACCAGCUGCUGGAGGGCAUGGAGGGCUUCAACUUAGAGCUCUCUGACCACCCUGAGUCACUGGAGCAGAUCCUGGUUGACUGCAGAGACACUCUGAAGUAUGGGGUUCGCACAGGUCAUCCUCGAUUUUUCAACCAGCUCUCCACUGGAUUGGAUAUCAUUGGCUUAGCUGGUGAAUGGCUGACAUCAACAGCCAAUACCAAUAUGUUUACAUAUGAAAUUGCACCAGUAUUUGUCCUCAUGGAGCAAAUAACACUCAAGAAGAUGAGAGAGAUUGUUGGGUGGUCAAGUAAAGAUGGUGAUGGGAUAUUUUCUCCUGGGGGAGCCAUAUCCAACAUGUACAGCAUCAUGGCUGCUCGGUACAAGUACUUCCCCGAGGUUAAGACAAAGGGAAUGGCUGCUGUUCCCAAACUGGUCCUUUUCACCUCGGAACAAAGUCAUUAUUCCAUAAAGAAAGCUGGGGCUGCACUGGGCUUUGGAACUGACAACGUGAUUUUGAUAAAGUGCAAUGAAAGGGGGAAGAUAAUUCCAGCCGAUUUUGAGGCAAAAAUUCUCGAAGCCAAGCAAAAGGGCUAUGUUCCCUUUUAUGUCAAUGCAACUGCUGGCACAACUGUUUAUGGAGCUUUUGAUCCGAUACAGGAGAUUGCAGAUAUAUGCGAGAAAUAUAACCUUUGGCUGCAUGUCGAUGCUGCCUGGGGCGGUGGGCUGCUCAUGUCCCGGAAGCACCGCCAUAAACUCAAUGGCAUUGAAAGGGCCAACUCUGUCACCUGGAACCCUCACAAGAUGAUGGGCGUGCUGCUGCAGUGCUCGGCCAUUCUCGUCAAGGAAAAGGGCAUACUCCAAGGAUGCAACCAGAUGUGUGCAGGAUACCUCUUCCAGCCAGACAAGCAAUAUGAUGUCUCCUACGACACUGGGGACAAGGCAAUUCAGUGUGGCCGCCAUGUAGACAUCUUCAAGUUCUGGCUGAUGUGGAAAGCAAAGGGCACAGUGGGAUUUGAAAACCAGAUCAACAAAUGCCUGGAACUGGCUGAAUACCUCUACACCAAGAUUAAAAACAGAGAAGGAUUUGAGAUGGUUUUCAGUGGUGAGCCUGAGCACACAAAUGUCUGUUUCUGGUAUAUUCCACAAAGCCUCAGGAGUGUUCCGGAUAGUCCUGAGCGACAGGAAAAACUACACAAGGUGGCUCCCAAAAUCAAAGCCCUGAUGAUGGAGUCGGGCACGACUAUGGUUGGCUACCAGCCUCAGGGGGACAAGGUGAAUUUCUUCCGAAUGGUCAUCUCGAAUCCAGCCGCUACCCAGUCUGACAUCGACUUCCUCAUUGAGGAAAUAGAAAGACUGGGCCAGGAUCUAUAAUCGCCCCAUGCAGAACACAAGGUUAGGGGAAUUCCCUUUCCCCUCUAGCUCUCUAGAACUAGCCUCCAUAAGUUGCUGAAACACAUAGGCUAUUCCAUUGAGGGAAAAUAUAAUAUCUUGAAGAAUAUUGUUAAAACCUUACUUAAGCUUGUUAUAGUUAGCAGGAAAUAACGUUCCUUUUAAAAAGUGCACAUUAAGAAUGCAGUAUAUAUGUACAGUUAUAUAUACCUCUCUCUAUAUAUACACAUAUAGUGACGUGGCUUAGUACUAGAUCACAGCAUGUAUCCCACUCCAGGAGAGUUAACUUUACCUUCAGCUGCAGCUACUGAGGGACUAAACAUGCUGCAAACCAGCUUGCCCGGCAGCCACUGGAAAGAUGUUUGUCAAAAUGCCAUGUCCUAGGGACCAAAGGAAAUGCUGUUGGUGGGAGUCGACCUCACUGUCAGCAUUUCUCUCACCUGAACUAAUGAUGGAUGGUGAGAAAAAGCUCCACAAGAUGACAAGACACACCCUCCGCAUUAGUAUCUUGUUAGGGGAAAAUAGUAGCAGAGCCAUUGUGACAAGUGUACCAUUGCUGUAUUUCUAGAAAUUAAUUUGUGUAGAUUGUGUACGUGGCCGUUGUCUGAACUUGGUGGAGGAGAGGACACAUAACGAUUUCAAUGACUGUUUGGUGGUAGGUCAGUGAAAUAUUUGCUUAUUUAUAUUCAGAGAUUUACCAUGUUAAAGAGGCGUCUUGUAUUUUCUUCCUAUUUGUAAUGUAUCUUAUUUAUAUAUUAAUGAAGUACGUUCUGAAUACUGUUUAUAGUAUUUUCGUGCAUUUGUGAGCCAAAGAGAAAAGAUUAAAAUUAGUGAGAUUUGUGUUUAUAUUAGAGUGCCCUUAAAAUAAUGAUUAAAGCAUUUUACUGUCUGUAAAAGAAUUCUGCUACUAUAGAUAGAGUCAUUAUACAUAGAAAUCCUGUUACUUAAAUAGCAUCUGCCGUUCUGUUAAACCCUGUCUGGCUUUACGUCUGGUGUUGUCAACGCUUUUCUAGUAACUAUUAGAUAAUAACUAGAUCUCUUGUAAUUUUGUAGUAAUUCAUGACCAAUCCCUGUGAUUUGCUUAGCUGAAACCUAAGGCAAUGUUUCCGAAGACCCUCUGAAGUUCUCAGAUAAAUUGACCGGGCUCACAACUGUUUUUGAAGAAAGGAAAUUUACACUGUGCGUUUUAGAGUAUGCAAGAAGAAUAUAAAUAAAUAAAAAUAUUCUCCAUGGAGAAUUUGAACAAAA